AUGAGUGCCCAGGAGUUCUUAAAUGAAGGUUUGAGGUGGCGAGUAGGCAAUGGAGCGUCGAUCCGUGUCUGGGGGGACAGGUGGCUUCCAACGGAGAAUGCAACUUACGUAGAGUCAGCACCCAUGGGGCUCCCUGUGGAUGCCACGGUUCGUGAGCUAAUAUCGCCGGAUACUGACGAGUGGGAUGAGGCAGUUCUUGAAGGAUGCUUCCCGACUGAGAUAGCAAAUGUCAUUCGACAGAUUCCUCUUCGCAAUAUUGAGGAAAACGACAGGCUGAUCUGGAAAGGAAACUCCUCAGGAAACUAUACUGUCCGAGACGGUUAUCGGUUAUGGAUGAAGGAUUUUAAAGCUCGGGAGGCUAUCGUGCAGAUUGGGGAGACGCAAGUAUGGAAGAGUCUAUGGAAUCUAAAUAUCCCUCCAAAGGUAAAACACUUCCUAUGGCGGUUUAUAAGGGACAUUCUCCCCACUGGCGAUCAUAUAAGCUUGAAAAGCAAUAGAUGGGGUGAUAAAUGCCCUUUCUGCAAUAUCCGCGAGACUCAAGCUCACAUCUUUGGAGAAUGUGCGUGGUCGGCGAGGCUUUGGAGAGGGACGGAGCUGGCCGAGUGCUUCGAACUCCGCCAAUCGGAAUGCUGCUACUCUUGGUUCAAAACGGUCCUCGAGAAUAAGCAAAGCGCUGCUGUUGAAGAAUGGGGCAGCCUUCUUUGGUUUAUAUGGAAAGAGAGGAAUGCUCAAAUCUUCAAUGGUUUGAAACUUCGGGAGGAUGAAAUUGUGCCUAGAGCCAAGGCGUUUAUUGAUGAGUAUCGUGAGCAGCAGGUGAUCGAUAGGGGAGUGGCUGCACCUGUUACAACAACGGGCUGGGAAAAACCGGGACAAGGCUUUGUAAAGGUGAACACGGACGCGGGGGUGUUUGUAGAUGGAGGCAUUGGGCUUGGCGUGGUUGUUCGAGGGGAGGAGGGAAAUUUCAUCUUAGCUGCAGCAAAGAAGAUUGCUGGGAGAUGGGAACCGGAGAUGGCGGAGGCGCUUGCUGCGGAGUUCGGUGUGCAAGUUGCGGUUGAAGCUCGCCUACAGAACCUCAUCCUGGAGACUGAUUGCCAAACGCUGACAGCCAAGCUAGCAAUGGCAGAGAACAUCCAUACUGAGAUCGGUAUUGUGUGCCGAAAUAUUUUGAAAAUGCUCAGGGAGACAGGUCACAGUUCGUGGCGGUACUGGUCGAGAGAAGGUAACAAGGCAGCACAUAUUAUGUCCCACUCGGAAACGAGAUGGAACGAGAGUAUGGUUUGGCUAGAUAGGCCACCUAUUUUCCUUGUUGAUCAGAUUUUGCUGGACAAUGUAACCGCAAUGCCUGCUUAA